GCACAAUUGUCCUUCGAACUGGGUUCUCGACUGCUCAAUUGUCCACGCCAUUGCCUGUCCUCUGUGCUCGCCGGUCCAGCGACCACGCUAGCUUCUUGAGAUCAAGCGCCUGUUUUGACCUAUAGUCUCGCUUCGAUUUUUCACAUCAUGGUUUCUUGGGCAGCUCAGAUAGGCGUGACGACGGCCUUCAACUUCAUCGGUUUCGUCUUGGUUAGUGUUCCGCUCAUCUGGCAUUUAGAAGCAUGGAACGUCGGAUGCGUACUCUAUAUCUGCUGGACGGCCGUUGGGUGUCUGUUCCAGUUCAUCAAUGAUAUCGUCUGGAGAGAUAAUGCGGUAAACUGGGCUCCGGCAUGGUGUGACCUCUCUGUCAGGAUUGAUUACAUCGCACGUAUCGGAGUCGUCUCAGCAGCGCUUGUCAUUGCUCGUCGUCUUUGCAAGAUCGCGACGGGGACAACCGUCUCAAGCACUCGGCGGGAUAAGCAGCGCGCCAUCAUGAUCGAUUUGGCUAUUGGCCUUGUACCACCGUUGUCGCAACUUAUCAUCUUCUUCUUCGUGCAGGGUCACCGUUUCGAUAUCUACGAAGGUGUCGGUUGUACAGUAGCAACUCCGAACACCAUUCCUUACUUGUUCUUAUACGGAUUGUGGCCCAUUUUUAUCGGUCUCGGUUCUGCAACUUACUCCAUCCUGACGCUGCGUGCUUUCUUGAGGCGCCGCAAGCAAUUCAGCGAGCUCAUCGCUUCGAACAGCAAUCUGACCUUCAACCGCUACUUCCGUCUCAUGGCAAUGGCGGUCGUUGAGAUUUGUUGCACCAUCCCCGCUGCUCUCUACGCGAACAUUAGUAACAUCAAGGGCGGCCUCUACAAAUGGCGAGGUUUUGCUGAUCUCCAUUUCGGCUUUGAACGUGUUCGCCAAUAUCCUUUCGACCUCUGGAGUGUCGCAUUCCCCGGGCUCCGCACAACAUUCCUAUUCAACCAGUGGUCAUUUAUCACUUGCGCCCUUGUCUUUUUCCUUAUCUUUGGAAUGGCCGAAGAGGCGAGGAAACACUACCGCGCCGCGUACACUACCGUCGCUAAGCGUGUUGGUCUUUCGACCGGUGCCGUAGACAGUACUGGCUUCACACAGUACGUUCUUGCUCACCUGUCUCGCAAUAUGUACACUUCUCUGAUUCACUUGCUUUUCCAGAUCUAAAGGUUCGAAGUUCACCAGCAGCGGGUUCGGCCGUGUUACCAUCCCUACAUUCAUCCAACGCAAUCAAUCCAAGCGCGACUCCAUGUUCUCCGACCGUCUUUCUCAAAUAUCCGUGGGCGACUUCAACUACGACGACGAGAAGCACCCCAUACUCGCCCACCGACAGCUCAGCAGGCUCAAGUACAUACCUUGGGUCUCCUGCAGAGGAGAAGGGUCAUGACGUUCCAGUCCCGAUCAUCGAGGUCCCUCGUACACCUGAACCUAUACAUGAUAUCGAGUCCGUCCAGCGACAUACGCCGGACGUACCAAGUGCAGUACGCAAUUCCGUGGACAUGGUGUAGGCUAUGGGUUUCCCCUUUUUCUCGCUCUGUUGUAUAAGUAUCACCCUUCUCGUGUUUGCAGGUUAUCCUGACUGUAUCAUUAGCAUCACGGUUACCCGUUUUCAGUUGCUUUGUGUUCUGCUUUAUACCACUUCAUUUACCGUACCAAACUAUACUGCCACUCCUUUGCUAAUCAUAUUCCUAUGUAUCUCGUAUUACUUCAUAGGUAGACUUCAUUCUUCGGAACCCACCAUUGUAGCCAUUUGCUCCUCUCCAUAACAUUGUUUCGUAUCCUCCGAUCCCGUCAAUAGAGCGCUUUCCCC